ACAGGGUUCUUAACAUCAAUCAUCAAAAAUUAUUAAACAAACACUCGCUUUAAUAAAUAUAAUGAGCAUUAGUUCGAGUGAUACGGAAUCGUCGUCUAACCACACGGAUAGUACACUACAGGCGUCGCCCACAUCUAAAUUAGCGCCCAGAUUAAGUUUUGAGCGAUGGACUCGUCGUAUGCGAUCACCCAAUGGCCACGUCUGGAGGUUUGUGGGCCUAUCGGUGGUCGUCAUCGCAUGUCUCCUAAGUCUGGUCGUACUUAUGCUAAAACGAGAUGCCAUCCGCCCAAAUGCCAACCUGUGUCUGACGACUGACUGCAUAACCGCGGCGUCGGAUCUGCUGAAGAGUAUGGACCGGACAGUCGACCCGUGCGAUGACUUCUUUGACUACGCCUGCGGCGGAUGGACUCAAUUCAAUACCAUCGAUGAGGACGAGUCCCGGACCGACACUUUCACUGUUAUGCGCAAUGAUUUAACCGAUAAGAUCAGAAUAAUACUCGAGACACCCGUCGCCGACAACGAGACCAAUACCACCAAAAAAGCUAAGAUUUUAUACAAGUCGUGUAUCGACGAGGAUCUCAUUGAACAGAGAGGUGGCCGGCCUUUACAAAGUCUGCUCGAUGACCUAGGUGGUUGGCCUCUUUUAAAGCACCAGCACAACCAACACCAACAACAACAUCAGUCUGGGUCGCAAAUCAAGCAUAAUCUCUCAUCAACAAAUGAUUGGGUA